GCAGCUAAUGGGGGCCUAAUGCUAUAAAGCAAUGUCGCCUGCUUAUGACGUUCUCUUUAUCCAUUGCGCAAGUGGAGGAACCGAUCUUUUAGGUCCCAACAUCCAUAAAUAAUCCACUAUGGCCGAGGAAGGCGUCGCCGCUGGAGGUGUCAUGGAUAUCAACACCGCUCUCCCUGAAGUGCUGAAGAUCGCACGUACCAACGAUGGCCUCGCCUGUGGCAUCCGGGAGGCUACAAAAGCCCUGGACAAGCGUCAGGCCCAUCUUUGCGCCCUUGCAAGCAACUGCGACGAGCCCAUGUACGUCAAGCUGGUGGAGGCCCUCUGUGCUGAGCAUCAGAUUAACCUGAUCAAGGUUGACGACAACAAGAAACUCGGCGAAUGGGUCGGUCUUUGCAAGAUCGACCGUGAGGGCAAACCCCGCAAGGUGGUGGGCUGCAGCUGUGUGGUCGUCAAGGACUACGGCAAGGAGUCUCAGGCUAAGGAUGUGAUUGAGGAAUACUUCAAGAGCAAGAAAUGAGGUGUCAAUAAAAGUGGAAAUAAAGAUGGCUGUGUUUUG